AACUAUUGUUUCAACAUGUCGCAAUUGCAACGUGCAUUCAUAUCGUGUUCGUUAAUUCUUUUUUUAGCCAUCCUCAAGGAUGCCGACCUGUCUAAGAAAGUGAGGCAACAAAUCGAAGAGAAACUCGAUGUUGACCUCACAGAAAGGAUAAAGGAGGUGAAUGAUUUAGUCAUAGAAUGCCUCCAAGAGAAACACGGUGGAGGAAAGAAAAAGAAGAAGGCCGCUCGUGAAGAGUCCGAGGAUGGCGAAGAGGAAGAGGAAGAAGGAUCUGAAGAAGAUGAGGAGGAGAAAAAGCCGGGUAAGCGAAAUCCUGCUAAAAAAACUCCUAACAAGCGUAAGAAGGGAUCCUCCGAUGAUGAGGAAAGCGCUAGCGAUGAUGAUGCUAGCGACGAGGAAUACAGUCCAAAGAAACCUAAAGUUACACCUAAAAAAACUAAGCCCGGAAAGAAAGGAAAGAAGAAGAAGGGAGGGGGUUACACGCGUGUGAUGCGUGCUAUCACGUUGUCUCCGGAGCUCGCCGCGGUUGUUGGCGCAGAACAAAUGACUAUACCUCAAGUCGUGAAGAAAGUAUGGAGUAUCAUCAAAGAGAGGAAUCUUUAUGUAAGUAUUAUUUGUAAUCAAUUUAAUCUUGAUGUACUUAUUUCCUAUAUCUUGAAAUUUUCUUUUUACUAUUUCCUUCGCUAUAUCUUAGAGGAAAAUAUAUAGAUACAUAUAUUACAUGCAUGUACUUAACAAAAAUCAUGUUGUCAAGAAAAUGACUUUUUACAGGACCCUAUGAAUAGACGGUUUGCGAUUUGUGAUGAGGAAUUAGUGAAGGUAAUCGGCGUAAAGCGUUUCAGAGCUUUUGGUAUGAUGAAAUACCUCAAAAAUCACUUUCUAGAUUAAAUAAUUCUUCAAUCCCGAUCUCCGACAAGUUAUAUACAUAUACAUAACAUAUUCCAGGGUGCGCCUCGUGCACCUCUUCAUCUUUCUCACACGAUACAUACAUAUACA